AUGAAACCAGACGUGGUGAUCAUCAACGCAGCGCGUGGUGCUAUCAUCGACGAAGCUGCUAUGGCAGAUGCGCUGGAGAGCGGCCCUGUGGGGUUGGAUGUUUACGAGCGGGAGCCGGAGACUAGAGAGAAGUUGUUGGGGCAGGAGAGGGUGCUUUUGGUGCUGCAUGUGGGGACGCAUACUGUUGAGAUGCUGGCGAAGAUGGAGGCGUGGGGGAUGGAAUGUGAGGAGGGCGGUUUUGGGGGAGGGGGUCAGAGGUUGUGUUUGCUUGGUGGUAGAUAG